CUUUAGAACUUUAAAGUUGUCAAAAGCUGUCAAAAGAUUUGUUUUUGUUUAGGAAAUUUAAAUAUUUAAAAAAUGGAUUUGGAUAUAAGAUUGGAAGGAAACAUAGAAGAUUAUUGUUUUGCUUGUUUAAAAAUACAACAACCUGUAGAAGAUAUAUCAAAUAAUGAGCUUGUUUUGGAUAAUUUUAAAAGAGUGUUUAAUAUUGAGGUAGAAUUAAUAUCAGGAUCUAAAAAGAACCUCUGUAAUAUCUGUUUAAAUAAAUUGAACGAUGCUUCAGAAUUCCACACUCAACUUAGUUACUCUAUUCUCUAUCUGGAUGAAUACAUAAAAUCACAAAAAACUUUAAUUGAGGUAAAGCAUGAAGAUGAAAAGAGUCAGCUUGAAGUUGAUGAUUAUGAUAAUGAUGAGAGAUCAAAUGAUAAUGAAGAAGUCAAAAACGAAGAUUCUGAUUCAGAGUCUGAUAAUGAACCUCUAAGUCGAUUAAUAGAGAAAAAUGUACCAUUUAAUGCAAAAUUGAAGAAAGUACCCACUAAAAUUAUUAUAGAAGCUAUAGAGGAAUACCAAAACAAAUGCAGAGAAAAUUCAAAUUGUAUUGCAUGUGAUUUUAAAGGAGUUAGCAUACGAAAUUUGUCUUGUCACAUGAUACAUAAACAUAAAGAAAUGAAAGCAGAUUGGUGUUCCAGGUGUAAUAAGCUAGUUGAAGAUGUUGAAACACAUAGAAAAACCCACAGUAAUAAAACUUACUGUAAAUUCUGCAGAAAGAAUGUUACUAGAUGUCAUUAUAUGGAGCAUUUAAAAAACCAUGCUGGUUUGCGUUAUUCUUGCAAAAAAUGCCAAAAGAAAUUUAUCACACAGAAAGCCCUUAAUGAACACAGUGCGCAGCAUAUUAAAGAGAAACCAUUCCAAUGUCCAAAUUGUCCCAAAUCCUUCAAAUUAUUAAAAAGUCUGGAAGACCAUAUAUCUUUACAUGGCCGCUAUACUUGUGAUAUGUGUAACAAACAUUUCGAAAUUUCCGAGAUGUUGGCUUCACACCUGUGCAAUGGAAUCUCUAUAAAAAAGUGUGAUAUAGAUGCUUUAGAUGAUAAGACAAAUAGCAAUGAUUUAAACAAGAAUAGAUGUUGUGUUGAGUUAAACGAAGAUGUUCAAGAAGACAUUAAAAAUAAUAUAAAUAUAAAAAUUGAAGCCAAGAAGGUGGAGGAUUUAACGUGUCAUUUCUGCCAGAAAAUUUACAAAACCGCUUACAAACUUCAAAAGCACAUCGAGGGACACAUGGGACUCUACACCGCCACCUGUCGGUAUUGCGGUAAAGGGUUUACUUGUAAUUCAGAUCUGGCCAAUCACGAACGGGUUCAUACAAAAGAAAAGCCUUUUAUCUGCAACGUUUGUGGAAAAGGGUUUGUUAGUGGGGCUACUUUAAGGAUUCAUUUGAAACAACAUACGGGUAAACCUGAGGAAUGCGAUUUAUGCCACAAAAGAUUUUGUAGAAAGUCGGAAUUGAGACUGCACCAACAGAAACACAGAGGGGAACGACCGUUUUUGUGUACGGAAUGUGGCAAAUCUUUCGCGCAAAAAAGCCACCUGACCUGCCAUCUGACAAUGCACAGCGACGAUCGACCAUAUUCUUGUACGAUUUGCGAGAAGAGUUUCAAAAAGAAAGAACUACUCAAGCACCACACCAAAUUACAUGGAGAGAAAAAAUUUAAAUGCACAGUGUGCUAUUACGAAUGCCACAAAAGUUAUAGGUUACAGCAGCACAUGAAAAUGCACGAUGGAAAAGUUGACCUGAAAAAAAAUAUUUGUCAAUUGUGUAGUAAAGGGUUCAGUACUGUUUCAUUACUGAACAACCACAUGACAAAUGUACAUAAUGUUAUUGUGUAGAUAUUAUUUUAAAUUAUUUUUUAUUUAUACACAUUUAUUUUUACAAAUAUAUUUUUACAAUAA